AGCUCGCCCAACUCCCACCGAGAUUGGCAAGUAGCCUUCCGACAACAUGUCUCGCGAAAUCAUCCAGUUUCAUAAUCCUUUGCCAACUUGGUCCGGGUCCUACUCCGACCUCUCCUUCGCUGCGGAGGAGAGUCAAACUGAUGACCUUGGGCAUUCAACUCUCGAGAGUUGGACAGAUGAGGAUAGCAUCGAAGAAAUUGAUCGCCUCACAUCCCAGCAGGUCAAUUUGGCCGAGGCUCUCGAGUUGAUUCGUGCUUCAAAGGCGCCUUCCGAGCUCGAUACUCUUGAACUCCACACUGCAUACAACACAAUUCUCAACAGUGACCUGGUUCCUCGACCUCAAACAACUACUUCGAUGGCGCCGUCGCCCGGCAUGACGGCGCCUCACAUUGGAAUAUACAAAUCCCAGCCUUCUUUCCCGCCCUCGAUCACCAAGACGGCCACGAGCACGGCUCCCCGCAUGUGCGUCGUAUCAGUGCCGAAACCCCGUAGCAACACUUCCCAUAUCCUGUCCUUCCGGGAUGAGACUACCCACGAUCAUGACAAGAGAUGGCUCCAGAUCAACCGCACCAGAUCAUAUCCAAGCGGACUGACAGCGAGCUCCAUGAAGAAGGUGCUGGGUAUGAUCGGCAAGCUCAUCUUGAGGAAAUAGAACCAUAGCCCGAUGAAGCUAUGUGAUGUGACAAGUACACCGCCAGUAACUUGAUAAUAAAUCAGUCCAAUCUUUCCCGAACUAGCGGAGAUGGUUCCUCGUCUAGGCCAAUAUCGGCACCGGCGCUGUGGUUAGCGUGAUGGGCGAUAUGCACAUGCUCCACACUGUCGCAUUCCAUCCAGGUCUUGGUGGAACUCAGGCAUCUCGUUCUGC